AUUAGGCUACUGAAGUUGCCUUCAAACAAAAUGGGGGUCCUUAGCAAACUCACCCCUCAAAAAGCAGCUUUAACAACUGCUCUAGGUGUUGCCAUAUAUGUUGUUUACAAAACAAAUGCUACUAAAAGGAAGCUGAAAACAGAAUCUGAGGUCAAAGUUUUCGUACAUGGGGCAACAGAGAAAAAGGAACGGGCAGCUGUUGAUGCUGUUUUCUUUAGGCGUAUGGGUAAAAUUCUGGCUAUACUAUUGCCGUCAUGGUUUUCAACAGAGGUAUGGUACCUAGUUCUUGUGGCUGUAUCACUGAUGUGUAGAACAUAUGCUGAUGUUUGGAUGAUACAGAAUGGAACGGCUAUUGAAAGUGCAAUCAUUGGUAGAAAUAUGCAGUUGUUUAAGAAACAUCUGUUUAAGUUCAUGUGGGCCAUGCCUAUUAUAUCUGUUGUGAACAAUUGUUUAAAGUAUGGUUUAAAUGAACUCAAACUACGAUUUAGGACAAGGCUUUCCAACCAUUUGUACGAAAAAUAUUUGAGGGGUUUUACAUACUACAAGAUGAGUAACCUUGACAACCGAAUAUCUAACCCAGACCAACUUCUUACCAUGGAUGUUGACAGAUUUUGUGAAUCUGUCGCGGAAUUGUACUCUAAUUUAAGCAAGCCAAUUCUAGAUGUGGUAAUAUACACAGUGAAAUUGACUGAAGGUAUAGGAGCCCAGGGUAAACUAACUGUGAUAUGAUAUUUUGUAUAUACCAGGUUACGACGACCUAUUGGUAAACUAACUGUGAUAGAACAGAAGUUGGAAGGAGAGUACCGCUAUGUUAACUCACGUCUGAUCACUAAUAGUGAGGAGGUGGCAUUCUAUCAGGGCAACAAGAAGGAAAAGUCCAUCAUACUCGCAACAUUCAAUAAACUGGUAAACCACCUUAGGUAUUUCAUUUUCUUCCGUCUCCAGAUGGGAUUUGUAGAUAACAUAAUUGCCAAAUAUUUUGCAACUGUGAUAGGAUACUUGGUUGUAAGUCGUCCAUUCUUGAAUCUGGCUAAUCCAAAAUAUGAUAACAGUUCUCAUAGUGAAAGAUUAGAGGAUUAUUAUAAGAGUGGUCGUAUGUUGGUAAGAAUGGCUGAAGCAAUUGGUAGAAUAGUUCUGGCUGGCAGAGAAAUGACAAGACUGGCAGGGUUUACAGCACGUAUCACAGAGUUGAUACAAGUACUAGAUGAUCUCAACAGGGGCAAAUAUGAGAGAACCAUGGUGAAAAACCACCACCAUCAAAGUGAAGAUAAACCAACGGUACAGUUUAAACCUGGCAGUGGAAAGAUGGUAUUCCAAGAUUAUAUUAUCAAGUUUGACAAGGUACCUUUGGUCACACCAAAUGGAGAUGUUCUAGUAAAAGAACUUAAUUUUGAGGUAAAAUCGGGUGUAAAUGUCCUUGUUUGUGGACCAAACGGUUCAGGGAAAAGUUCUUUGUUCAGAAUUCUUGGAGAGCUGUGGCCACUGUUUGGGGGAACUAUGACAAAGCCAGAAAAGGGAAAACUUUUCUAUGUUCCACAGAGACCAUACAUGACUGUAGGGACAUUACGAGACCAGAUUAUCUAUCCUGACUCACCAGAGGAACAAAAGAAGAAUAAAGUCAGUGAUGAGAUGUUGGAAGAUAUUCUCAAGAAAGUACAACUAGCGUAUAUACUUGAGAGAGAGAAAGGAUGGGAGUCUGUACAGGACUGGAUGGAUGUACUCAGUGGAGGAGAGAAACAACGAAUAGCUAUGGCCAGACUGUUCUAUCAUAAACCACAGUUUGCUAUCCUAGACGAGUGUACAAGUGCGGUUAGUAUGGACGUAGAAGGAUUUAUAUACCAGCACUGUAGAGAAGUGGGAAUUACAUUGUUUACAGUGUCACAUAGAAAAUCACUGUGGGCUCAUCAUGAAUACUAUCUGAUGUUAGAUGGACGAGGAAAUUACGAGUUUAAGAAGAUUACAGAGGAAACAACUGAAUUUGGAUCAUGAUAAAAGUUCUGUUAGGAUUUGAAAAUAGUGCAUUUAAUGGGUCAUACCAAAAUAUCUUAAUACUUGAUUUGCA